UUGAUUGACUUUGGACUAGCAAGAGAGUUUAUAGACGAUGACGCCACAUCGAUUGUUACACCCGCCAUUGCAGGCAAUCUGGGAUACUCGCCAAACGCUCAUAAGCUGACAAAAAACGAUGAUUAUUAUUGCUUCGGAGGAGGCAAGUAUUCAAACCUGCACUACAAGCAAAACGUAUGCCCCUCUUCGAAAAAGCGGGGCAUAUUGUCUUUUAUAUGUCAGUAUAUCAGGCGUUUGUCCGACAUUGGACGGUUUCCUGUUUGCAGGAUAUCUACAGAACGCUUUUAUUUCGAACCAUGUACAUUUGAAUAAUGGCUAACUUGGGGUAAAUUUAGACGCAUAUCGACUUCGUGGUGAAAGGUGAAAAAAUAAAGGUCGCAUGGCUUUUAAAGUAAAUUUGCACAUGCGAUGGAUCUUGAUAAAUGCAUUAACCUAGAGAACAUUUAAGACAUACUGAGACAGAGAAGACUCCGAUUUAUUUUAAGGUAACUAGAUCAAAUGUUAAGGUCACAGGGUCUUGUUAAAGGAGUUUCGGCUCUAUGUUUUUAGAACGUGUUGAUUUGCGUAACGAUUACUUUAAAAGACAUAAAAGCACAUCUUUAGAUUGAGGUUACUAGAUCAAAGGUUUAAGUCACAUGAGGUGAAAGUUGUAUCAAAACAUCAGUUUUUUUAUUCGUGUUAUCAAGAGAAAGCUUUGACCCCCUAUUAUCUAAAUUGGUUGGCUGUCUACUUGAGAGAAACUUAUGAUGCAUAUUGAUGUGAGGUAAAAAGGGCAAAUGUAAAUGUCACAACGGAAGAUCGCAAUCAUUUCGUUCCCACAUUACAUAUGACAUAUGAUCAAGCGGUUAAUUGGGGGGGAGGGGGAAGUAAGGCGACAAUUAAGAUUAAGGUAUUCGUAGUAAAUUUCAAGAUCACGGGGCUUUCAUGAUGAAAUUUGUUUCAACACAUUAUAAAGAGUAUCUGUAUGAUCCUUUUAAUUAGUAUGCUUUUUAGUUUUAUCAAAGAAUGACCCCUUAUCAUUUUCAUAUAAAGAAAUAUAAGGUCGUUGUUACAUGGGCGAAUUUGCUUGGUAUGAUGGUAACUUUGGAUGAAAGAAAUACUCCUUUUGAUUUUGAUGUGCACUUGUCAAAGGCCAAGGGUACAGGGCUUUAACGUUUAAUUUGUUUCCGCACAACAUCUGAGGGUGUUUUGACCAAUGAUCAACGGUAAACGCUUUUGUAUUAAACAAACACGAAGUGGAUAUUCAGCUGCACCGGCAGUAAAUAAACGUUAUUUUUAAUGAGUUUUUUUAUUUAUAACAUGGAAAACGAUUACCAAAUAAGGAGGAAAUGGUGAAACCUCUAAUAUUGUUGUUACAUUGGAUGGGUCGUCGAUUUUUGCAAAACUUGUUUUGUAAUAACUCAUGGAAAUACAUUCGAUCUGUUAAAACAACAUAGACAAGAUUGCUACCUAAUAUUUGUUAAUAUGUUUAGCCCAAUACCGCAGGAUAUGCAUCAUCCUGGAUUCCUUCAGUGAAUGCGUAGAUCUGUAUAUAGAUUCUGAUCAGUAAAUUGUAAAACCGCGUUGUUGUGAGCUGGUUCUAUAAAGUUCAAUGCGCCCAAUACCAUACGCUAUCCAUGUGUCGCCAUACGAAUGUCGUCACUACUCGUAAAACGUAUUUUUAUUUUAAUAUACUGAUUGCUGGAAGUAUGUUUGACGUAUAAAACUACAUUACACUGUAUACCUAUCAUAUAUGUUAACAAAUAUAAAAUACAUUAACCUUAACAAACUGCUAAAAAUUGUUAAAUUGAUAAUGUAAUUAUAAUUUCUAAAUGUGUUUAAAUGUCUUCAUUGUUCAAGUUUUGAUCGAGUUAAUAACUGGCCUUAACGCGUCUGCGAGCGAGGAGGGCAUUCCACUUCAUGAAUGGCAUCGCGAACUUAUAGUACAAAGACAACAGGUCUCGGUUUGGAAUGAAACAUCAAGAACAAUUGUAGAUAAGUCGUUGCAAUAAAAGAAAAUCUUUUUGCAAGCGGAAAAUCAGAACAGAUCAUGAAUGAUUUAGAGGGUAUCUGCAGAAAUCAGUCAGUUCCGAAAUGGGAAACCAUAGAAGAGGAUAUUCGGUGCGAAAUAUGCUUAGUCAAUGAAAAAAUGGAAGUCAGAUUCGAGGGGCAUGACGACGAUUCACCAAUACAGCGAGCCUGUACGAAACAGAUCCGCAUUUGUUGCUCCUGUAUGAGGAAUUCAUACAUCAAUCCAGUCAAGUGUCAUACUUGCGGAGAAACAAUUCAGCCUUUUAUAAAUGCCAACUGGGGAGCCAUUCUGGUUGCUGGGUAUGAUAGAAAAGCCGGCAAAGUUUUACAAAAUGACAUCAAAAAGUUUAAGGAAGUUAUAACCUCAAAAGUACUACCAGCAAUGUGUAUAAAUCCCGACAAUGUAAUAAUUCUUGCCGAAGACAUGCAUGGCAUUACAGCUGAUAAACUGGAUGGGGCAUUUGAUGAUCUUUCCAAAAAGGAUAUUCGAACUUUAUUGUUUGUGUACUCUGGACACCACGGUGAUUAUGGAUUUCAACUGGGUCCCAAUGUGUAUUACGAUUUGAAUAAAGUAAGCGAGAGAAUCAAUAAAUGGAACGAAGGGAAACCAAAGUUUGGGAAAGUGAUUGCAUUUCUUGACUGUUGUGUUCCUGACAAAUUGAAUUUGAACAAAAUUCUCAAGCUUAUUCAGUUCAAUGCUACUUCUCCAACAACGACUGCCGAUUUGGAUACAACAAAGGGUAGUCCCUUUUUGAUGUACGUUAUGCAGGCAUUCACUGCAAGAGCAAAUGGUGACAUCUGUAUACAUAAAGGAUGUAAAUGUAGCAAGCAUAUCCGUGGCGACUUUAUUACUAUUAACGAUUUGUGGGAGUACCUAAACGAACACACUAAGAACGAAAACUUGAAGCCGUUUAUAAAUAUAACAAACAUUGAUAUGAAAGGCACAAUCUUAGCCUAUAAUUACGAUUUUGAAGUGAAGUUCGAAUUCACAUUACAGUGGCUUGAUAUGGAAACAUGGAAAUUAUAUGUUCUUCCAAAAGACUUCAACGACUUGAAACAACUUAAAUUGAUACUUGCUCAAGAAUUCUUAAAACACGUGUAUGAUAUUAAUCCAGAGGGCAGCGAUGCGCGUUCUAAAUUUGCCAAAAUCAUCAGUUUAGAAAUACAAACUGGGCCUAACACCACGAUAGAAAUUGACUCCGUUGAGCUUUUGGUGUUAUAUUGGACCUCUAAACGUCAGUUGCGAUGCGUGGCCCGUCGGCUACAGAACGUAAACGUGGAUAUACCAGUUGGGCGGUGCUUCAAAAAUGUUCCAGACAUACUAGUUGUACACCAGAAAAUUCUUCAGCAAUGUGAAAUAACGGAGCAACAGUUGACUACUUCUAACCUUCGGAAGUACAGACAAGAACUGGAAAAUAACACAGGCUACGAUGACUACAGAAAAGCCUUGGAAUUUAGUAUAUGUCAUGCAUACACACAGUUACUACACAACCGUUUGGAAAUUUCUUUUUUUGACCUACGAAAAGGCCUCACCAUGGUCUACAUGAAUCUUAAAAAGACCGCUGACAUUCAGGAAAACAUGGAGUAGUAGUAUAUGAUUAUUUGUUUGUUUGGUUAUCUCACCAUAUUAUUUUGCGUGGGCGUAAUAUUUACCCCAUGGUGUGCAAUUUGAAUUGAUUUAUCUCAAAGUUUUCUUUUAAUUUGAUAUUAUUUUGGACCCCAAAAUAUGACGUCCAAACGUUAUGUAAAGACAUAAUGCGAGUAACACCAUCAUGAGUUUACGGUCAAAGAAAUGAAGGAGUUUCGUCAAGAAUCAUGCGAAUGUAAAUAUUUAAAAACGUUUUUUGUUGCAACGUUUAGGGAUUAAAUUAGUUGAAAGUAGAGUAUAUUGUAGCAAAAUGACAUAUCACAUUGUGUCAGUCAUAUCUUUCAUAUUAUGUUUGUGUCGUUGAAUUUUUGUUCGUCGUUAAAUUACACGACCAGGCUAGUGUGUUCUUUGCACGAGCAACAUGACUUGUGUUUUAAAUUAGCCAAUGUUUGUUAGUUAAACGUGACUUGUUUUGUAUGUUUUAAUCUAUGUAGUAUUGUCUAUCUCUUACAAUUGUGUAUCAAAAUAAUCCGGUCCAUGAAUAGAAAGAAUACCAUGUUACUGACCAAUCUGCCGACCUUGAUACGUUACAAUACACGUGUUUGUGUUUAUCAGACCUUACACACCCAUUUUAAAAAAAACACUAAUAAAAUGUUAUCGCAUCUACACUGCAUUUAUGGCAGGCAUUAAUAUGCUGCUAGAGUGCGUUUCACUAACAUAGCGUAUAUUCUCUUCAGAUUUAAUACUGUAACUUGAAUUUAGCAAUGACACUACAUGCUUAAAUUGUACCUUGUAUCAGUUUAAUGUCAAAAAAGGGGCUUCACAAAUAUUUUUCGAUCACCAGUUACUAAAAAGUGUAUAUCUAAAUAAUUGUCUGAAUUUUGUUUCGUUUCUUUUAUGUUUGUGUUGAUAUGAUUAAUCUGGGGCGUUGCAUGUUCAACCACUCACGCGUCCAUAACGCUUUCCCAGGCUUUUCGUUUGUCCGAACCUGUGAGGGAAACGGACAGAACACCCUCGAGCACGUCAAAUUUGUUUUCAUACUCGGAAACGAGCGUCUCAAACUCGUUUUUUGACCAAUUUGGUUUCUUUGUCUUCGUUUUCACGUCCAUUGUUUACAGUAGAUACUGUUGCAGACGAUUACUUUCUUACGCGUCCGCGCGCACCUGACAGGCUAAACAACACUUACACGCAGCGUACAUUUUGCGCACAUUUUAGUGAAACGGCGUACGCAUUAAUUUACGUUCGGCGUAAAUUCUGUGCGUAAACCUAAAGUUGCGUAAAUAUACGCUAUGUUAGUGAAACGCACUCUUAGACCUUAAGAUUAGAAGGCACAUCACUAACGAGCUUUACCAUAUAUUACUUUUAUUUGCUAUAUCUAUAAUUAAAGCAUGCCGAAAAAACAAGAAAAUGAAUAAUGUUUUUCUGAAGAAAAAGUGCAUAUGUCGAGCCGUUUGUACAGGUUCCUUCAUUACCAUACACCUGACAAGGAUGUUAGCUACUGGACCCAUUCGUAUAGGCGGCUGUACAUCUGAACGGUGUAUUUAGACUUAAAUCCUGUAUUAAACGUCUGACAUACAUAUAUAGCAGUGUUAGAUUUGUUAUGUGUAAUUAUUAAUAAUAGUAACAGUAACAACAACACAAGACUUGAAUUUUGACAUUUCCUAAAAGAAACACUACUGUCGUUUAAAUACUUACCAUCCACUACUGAAUGGGAAGCAAAUCGGAUAUCGACUUUACUGGUCAUUACUGUAUUAAUGGCAAUGUUUGUACCUCCCGCGCGCGCUCAGAAAUCGGAAAAUCCCACAGCGCGCGAGUUUCAAAUUAAAUCUAUUUGCGAUGAAAUGCAUGUACAUUGAGAUAUAUUUUCAUUUGUAUUAAUACUUCAUAUUAAAAUCGUUAUUUGUUCAA